AUGAAUAACAUUACCGAUGGCGCAACCUUGGCGUCCAGAACCAUACUGUUAGCAGGGGAGCUUUUGGUAUGCAUGUCAAUGGUAGCCGGAAUAACCGUACUCUUAUAUUUCUUAAUGGCCAGACAUCCACGCGCCAUUCGGUUGGUGACGGCCAACGGCUGGUCAUUCGCCAUGUACGCGGCGCCCUAUGCAAUCAAUUUUACUUUGUGUUGGCAUUUGCUGUUAGCGUUCGAAAGACUGAUCCUGUCCACCCGUAUUGUAGACUUAACUUCACGGUACUACCUGACAUCCAAAGUAACUUUGAACGUAGCCGCGUUCGUCAUCAAGUAUCAUCUAUUUUGGUCAAGGUCCAACUGCUUCUACAAAGCGAUGUUGUUUGUGAGCCACUUGGUUCUGAUAGCCACGUCAGAAGCCAUGUGCUACGAAAAAUACGAAAAGACGACGAUACACGUCGCUAUGUUACUGUUGCUCUGCCUGACUACACUCAUAUUGAUGACCCCGACAAAUACAUAUCAAAGGCUGGUGUUCACCGAUGUGCUCACUUGGAAACGGUGUUCACUGGUGUACGGACUGGUGACAAGUGCGUGCCACAAUUGGUUUAAUUCUGGCAGCAAAGGAGCCGUCGAUACGUUGCUUCUGGUGCUGGUGGUACAUGUACAACUGGUAUUCCUGUGCGUCACAUAUUUCUCAGAUGGCCAGCAAAUAUUGCGAAACAUUGUCGGUCUGGGCACGUACAACCCGAUGGCCGAUUCACUGGAUUUAUAUUUCACGAUGGACUCGAUAGUAUCGAGAACGGGGGCGUACAUCGACAGCCGCCGUUAA